GACCUUGAACUGCCAACUAAACGGCACCCCAAAGAAGUAAAUAUGCGGUUAGUGUCGGUGAAGUGAGAGAAGCGGAGUUCGGAUUGGAGUGGGUUUCUCUGGUCGUGGGGGGUGGGUGGGGGGUGCACCAUUUGUUUUGGCCGCAGUGGGAAACUGAGGAGUGUAAACACAGCAAAGUGUACUGCUUGCUGUGUGAUCUCCUUAAGAGUGGAUCUGCCGAGCUGAGAACCCCUCUGAACGGCAGGAAGCCUCCCUCAGCGGCGGUGCGACGAUGACCGAGCUGGUUGCCAAGUGGGCCUGUGAAUACUGCACAUACGAGAACUGGCCGUCAGCCAUCAAGUGCACCAUGUGCCGCGCUCAGAGGCCCAGCAGGGGUGCCAUCAUUACUGAGGAGCCCUUCAAGAGCAGCCCUGCUCUGGAUGCCAGUCUACACCAGUGGGACCCUGCAGGCCUCAGCAACAGCCCAACUCAGGGCGGCUCCAGCUUACUUAUUUGUCCGGACUCCAGUGCCCGACCACGUGUCCGCAUAGCUGAUGUACCUGAGACUAGUAGCAAGUGGUCGUGUCACAUGUGCACCUACCUGAACUGGCCUCGGGCCAUCCGUUGCACUCAGUGUCUGUGCCAGAGGCAACAGGCUCAACAACAACAGCAUGGAAAACAUGCAACACAUCAAGGACAUCAUACCCAGCAUCCACGCAGCCCCACAGAAUCACCCCAGACCUCAGGCUCUGGAUGCCGCCCUGCUCCCCUGGCCACCACUACAGACCCCUGUGAGGAAUAUAAUGAUCGUAACAGGCUCAACACCCAUGCACAGCACUGGACCUGCACUGCCUGCACUUACGAGAACUGGGUCAAGGCACUCAAGUGUGUGGUUUGUGACCACCCCAGGCCGAAUAGUCUGCUAGCUGAAUCCAUCGAACUGGCAUCAGAGCCUGAGAGCCAACAGCCUUCCUCAAAACUGAAUGAACAGGAAAGGGACAACAGGAGGGGUGUUGUUGGGCAAGGAGUAGGGAGCAUAGUAGGUGGGAUGGGGGGUUGUAGCAGUAGCCAAAGGAGGUCGCCCCCUACCUCGAAACGGGCGUCAGAGGUCAACAUGGACUUUCAGAGGAUUGAACUGGCGUCAGGGGCUGGGAUUGGGAGCAAAGAGGAGCUGGAGGUGGAUUUCAAAAAACUGAAGCAGAUUAAGAACCGGAUGAGAAGGACUGAUUGGCUGUUCCUCAAUGCCUGUGUUGGUGUUGUGGAAGGUGACCUGGCAGCUGUGGAGGCCUACAAGUCAUCGGGAGGUGACAUCGCACGACAGCUAACAUCAGACGAAGUGCGCCUUUUAAAUCGGCCCUCAGCAUUUGAUGACGGCUUCACGCUGGUCCACCUCGCGAUCCGCUUCCAGAGACAGGACAUGCUGGCUGUUUUACUCACGGAGGUGUCCCAGCAGGCAGCCAAGUGUAUUCCAGCCAUGGUGUGUCCUGAGCUAACGGAGCAGAUCCGUCGAGAGGUAGCAGCCUCCCUUCACCAGCGCAAGGGUGACUUCACCUGCUAUUUCCUCACUGACUUGGUGACCUUCACCCUUCCAGCAGACAUCGAGGACUUGCCCCCAGCCGUUCAGGAAAAGCUGUUUGAUGAGGUGCUGGACCGAGACGUACAAAAAGAACUCGAAGAGGAGUCUCCCAUCAUCAACUGGUCCCUGGAGCUCGGGACUAGGCUGGACAGUCGGCUGUACGCCCUGUGGAACCGCACGGCCGGGGACUGUCUCCUCGACUCUGUGCUGCAGGCUACAUGGGGCAUCUACGACAAGGACUCUGUGCUCCGCAAGACCCUCCACGACAGCCUGCACGACUGUUCUCACUGGUUUUACACGCGCUGGAAGGAGUGGGAGUCAUGGUAUUCCCAGAGCUUCGGCCUGCACUUUUCACUCCGAGAGGAACAGUGGCAGGAGGACUGGGCUUUCAUCCUCUCCCUGGCUAGUCAGCCAGGAUCCAGCUUGGAGCAGACCCACAUUUUCGUUCUUGCACACAUACUUCGCAGGCCUAUUAUCGUCUACGGAGUGAAGUAUUACAAAAGUUUCCGUGGCGAAACACUCGGAUACACUCGUUUUCAAGGUGUGUACUUGCCCCUUUUGUGGGAGCAGAGUUUCUGUUGGAAGAGCCCCAUUGCUCUGGGCUACACUCGGGGCCACUUCUCAGCACUGGUUGCCAUGGAGAACGAUGGCUUCGACAAUCGUGGCGCUGGCGCCAACCUCAACACAGACGAUGACGUGACGGUCACGUUCCUGCCGCUGGUUGACAGUGAGAGGAAACUGCUUCACAUUCACUUCCUCUCUGCUCAGGAAAUGGGUAAUGAAGAGCAACAGGAGAAGCUGCUGCGGGAGUGGUUGGACUGUUGUGUGACGGAGGGCGGGGUUCUGGUGGCUCUUCAGAAAAGCUCCCGCCGCCGCAACCACCCGCUUGUCACCCAGAUGGUGGAGAAGUGGCUAGACGGCUACAGGCAGAUCCGCCCCUGCGCCUCUUUAUCCGACGGCGAAGAGGAGGAAGACGAUGAUGACGAGUGACAAAACUGAAGCGGGGGGGGCAGGACUCCUCCACCUCCUCUCUUACAGUUUAUCCUUUUAUUUUUUGUUUUCCUUUCCUGACACGGACAAACUGUGUCAGCCUUCAGGAGAGGACAGGGAAACGUAAUCCCCCCCCAAACUCACCUUCCACCUCGGAUGGAAGACACCGCUACUCUUCUAGCACACGCAGGCACUCGAACAUACACUUAAAACACAUUCAACACUUUAUCCCGGACAAACCUGAGACUGACAAACUCCAAUGCUGCCAAACACAGAUUUGGGGGAGAGAAUAAAGGUUUACGAAUGCGAAUGACGUUUUUGAUUUGUUUUUGAUUUUCAAAUGUAAAGGGGGAAAAAAAGGAAUCUUUAUCCAUAGAUGUAAAUGCAUGUGGUUGUUUAAACAAAAAAAAAAAGAGUAUAAGGAAAUAUACCAGCAUUGAUUUAAAUCAACACUUUAUAUCCGUUCAGUAUGAACACUGACAAAAAGCACACUUCCAAAUUGAUCUUUUUGAUCUUUUUUCCAGUUGUAAAACAGUUCGCUUCUUUAGCAUUUUGUUUUUGAAUGGGCAGGGACAAAGCCAAUAAAUAACAUUACGUUUAGACAACCAGAGAUUGUGUAAUAAUAAAUAAGUUUAUUCCUUAUUACUAAGCACUGCACAUUUAUUAAAAAUUUCUAUAUAAAUACAAUAUCAUAGCUUGAAUUAAGGUUAUAUAUGAAGCUCUUGAAAAGGGAGAUGUUCCCUUUACAAGUCAAAUCUACACUCAUGGAGGUUUAGCACACAUACAUCAUGUUGGAUCUUUGGUUUACCCUUUUUUUGUUUGUUUUUUUUCCCAGACUGAUUGAGCCGAGAAGUUGUGUGUUUGUGUGUGUGUGCGCACACGAGUGUGUGGUUUUUCUUCUCUGAACUUACUCUACAUAUUUAUUGUUUGGAAACAUAUUUGAGCUAAUAAGAGCUUUCUGUAUAUUUUUUCUUCUCCUUUUUGUGGGUUUGUUAAUUAUUCUCUCAAUCUUGAUGAAGACACGUUGCACAGAAGCACUGUUGCUGUGAGGAAAGAACCAAUCAUGACCAUCAGUGACAGGUUUACUUGCGUCGUUGCGUGCGAUUUAGUACCUCCUCUGGAUGCCCAAAAUGUGGUGCUUUUGUUUUUUCUUGGGCAGGCGAGUGUGGGCGUGAGGCUCAUUCAAUGUCGACAUAAAUCCAGAGUCACACUUGUCUUGUAGUCGUUUCCUACUUCCUCUAUUUCCCUUUUUUUCCUUACAGCGUUUGUUGUCACCCUCAUGGUACACGUCAGUUCACCUCCUCUGUCCUUAUGUGGAACCAUCUUUUAAGUUUUUGAUGAAGGUCUUUGUGAGAGACUGUAACAUAUAAAACCAAAGCUGACAGAGGAAAAAAAGACAAAAAAUAGAAGUUGUCGUUACUUUUUUGUUUUGCUGUGACUGAUUGCAUUUUGUUUCUUCCUCGCCAUUGUGUACUGUAACCUCUUUCGUGUUUCAUUCAAGUCAUACAUGUUUUGAGCAUCACCUGUAUGUUGCUUUGUAUUUAUGCAAUAGUUGCAGUUGUGACCAUGAUGGUUUGUGGAUUUAGGCCUGACUUCACUAUACAGAGUGUAAUGCAAAGAACAGGCAAAUAAGGAAAAAAAUAAUAAAAGGAAAACCUUUUUGAAUGUCCAACUAAA